GACAGGCCAGUAUUGGAGAUAGUCAACAAUAAGGACCUGAAAUCAUUAAUAAUGCCGGAUCUUGACGAAGUGAUACAAGAAGGAUCAGGCCUGCGAGUCGAAAUUAUCGACAACAAGGAGUUGGAGAUAUCAGCUUCUCAAGCUAAUCAACUCAUUGUUGCAGCAGGAGGUCUUCAUUAUGUACAUAUUCAACAGACCAAAUCAAGCAGUGAGUUACGUUAA